AUGACAUUCAAUACAGUUGAUGAGGCAGAGACUUUCUACUCUGCCUAUUAUGUAGGUGUUGGGUUUGGUAUAAAGCAGGGUGACAAAGGUGAGGCUAAUGAAUUGAUUUGCAGGAGGGAGUGGGUUUGCAACAAGGAAGGAACUCGAUUAAACAAAUCCUUGGGAGAAGAAGAAAGGACUCACUAUGCUCGGAGAGAGACAAGAACAUCUUGCGAAGCUAAACUGAGGAUUUCAUACAAUGAUGCAUCCAAAGUUUAUGCAGUGAAAGCAUUUGUUCCUCAGCAUAAUCACAUGCUAACAACUAGCAACCAAAUCCUCUUCAUUCGUUCCAAUCGACAUGUCAAGAAGAAUGAUUUGGCUCUAAUAAAUAUGAUGACAAAGGUGUCAAUUAGACACCUUUGUCAUGCCUAUGAGUAUAUGGUUGAACAGUCCGGUGGAUAUAAGACAGUGAGAUUUACUGUGAAGGACCUUUAUAACAAGCUCAACCAACAACGAAGAACUACCACAUUUGAGAGUGAUUCUGACGGCACACUUUCGUACUUGAAUGCACUGUGUUACAGGGUUGUGCUUAUAUUCGAUAGCACAUGCAAAACCAAUGUUUACAACAUGCCAUUAGUUUUGUUUGUUGGGAGGAACAAUCAUCGGGGCAAUAUCGUCUUCCGUGCUGCUCUUAUCUGA